GAUGCGGCUGAAGAUGAGAAGAGUGGAGGAGCAGCAGAGGGAGUAGGAGGCACAGUCUGUAGUAGCAGCUGACAAUAACUCACUGCAACUGGACUCUGACUGAGCAGCACAUGAACCCUCUGUUCACUGUCAUUUUUCCGUUUCUGCGCUUUUUUUUCGUCACUUAUUGUGUGAGCGUGGUGAGCUUCUCGGGGGCGCGCUGUGAGCCAAGUUUGUCUGCGCUGCAAACAGGUUAAAGAGAGGAGGAGGAUAUUUCGCUGCUUGUUUGACUACAUAAAAAAGCUCGUCAAGAUGAUGAUAAUUCUCGCGGAGUUCUUCGUGGUCAUCCUGAAGGUGCUGUGGGCUUUUGUCACCGCCGGGGCGAAGUGGGUUGUGCGGCCCAAGGAGAAGAGCGUGGCGGGACAGGUGUGCGUAAUCACCGGGGCUGGAAGCGGCCUCGGGCGGCUCUUCGCCAAGGAGUUCGCCCGGAGACGAGCGAUACUGGUGUUAUGGGACAUAAACAGCCAAAGCAACGAGGAAACAGCGGAGAUGGUGCGGCAGAUUUACCACGAACUGGACACUCCCAUUACCAAAGACGGACCUGUUGGAGGUGUAGAGGAGGUCCCUCCUUUCCAGCCGCACGUCUACACUUAUGUGUGUGACGUGGGAAAGCGGGAGAGCGUGUAUUCCACAGCUGAGAAGGUGCGCAGAGAAGUGGGAGAGGUGGACAUGCUGAUCAACAAUGCCGGCGUUGUCUCGGGGCAUCACCUCCUGGAGUGUCCUGAUGAGCUGAUCGAGCGCACCAUGGUGGUUAACUGCCACGCACACUUCUGGACCACCAAGGCGUUUCUCCCCAAGAUGCUGGAGCUGAAUCACGGCCACAUUGUGACGGUUGCCAGCUCCCUGGGUUUAUUCAGCACAGCUGGAGUGGAGGAUUACUGCGCCAGUAAGUUUGGUGCCAUCGGGUUCCACGAGUCGCUGAGCCAUGAGCUGAAGGCCUCAGAGAAGGACGGCAUCAACAUGACUCUGGUGUGCCCUUACCUGGUGGACACGGGAAUGUUCAAAGGCUGCAGGAUAAGGAAGGAGAUCGAGCCUUUCCUGCCUCCCCUGAAGCCAGAGUUCUGUGUAAAACAAGCCAUGAGGGCCAUCCUCACCGACCAGCCCAUGAUCUGCACACCACGCAUCGUCUAUAUGGUCAACUUCAUGAAAAGCAUCCUACCCUUCGAGGCCAUCGUUUGCAUGUACCGGUUCCUGGGUGCUGAUAAGUGCAUGUACCCGUUCUUAGCUCAGAGGAAGGAGGCCAUGAACAACAACGAGGCAAAGAAUGGGAUCUAGGGGGCGCUGUUUGUAACCCGAACAGAGGCACAUAAAACCUGCGCGCAUGAGGAAACAACCACUGUGGAGGAAAGACGGAAGAAAGGAAGGAAGGAAGAGGGGAAGGAAGGGGGACUGAAUCUAGACUGGUGCACUUGCAUUGAGCAAGUGCAAAGGUUUACCAUAUUGUUCCUCUGGAACAAAGAAAGCUGUGUACUACACAAAGGAUUUAUUUGACUUUGUCUUUUUUAAGUUUAAAGAAACCAACAUGUAUAUUCUGUCACUAGUUUUGAAAUCAUACAGAAAGGUAUUCAAUAAUUAACUAUUUACGUAAUGUAGUCACCAGCCUUAUUUAGUGUCAUUGUGGAGAUAUACAGUAUGUUACUGUACAAACAGUAAAAAGAAUCACUUAUUUUAUUUUUGUAGACAUGCACUGUAAUUUCUGAUUUAUUUUUCUCUACACUGCCAGCAUUCUCUGUGUAGGGAGGUUCAACACAGCAUAUCAAUUCACCCUUUGUCUCCCCAUGCAGAGGCUCUUUUUUAAGACAAGCUUGUGCCAUUUCAACAAAGCAAGACCAAUAAAAGUUUACCCUAUUCUGUCAUUACAUACUUAAUUUACAGACUUGUAGCAUAUAUGUUUAUAAUGAAGUCUACACAUUCCCAAUGGGACUUUUAAAGGCCAGAUUGAGGCUAAUUAGAUCUUCAAGGUGUAAUGAGACUCGUCCAGUUGAUGGUCCUGUUGUAUUCGGUCUGAAUUGAUGAAAAGUGUGUGAGGGAGUCGAUGUACUGCGUUGAGCGAGCAUGUGUGACGCGUUCAGAAUGUACUGCUUUGUGGGAAACUGAGAGGAAAUGCUUUUUUAUUUCCCUCAUUUAUCUGUUUGUUUUUCGAGAUCUGCGGUGUUUAUAUUGUAAAUUUAUCUGUUACCAAUAUUAUUUGUUAAAAAUAUAACCCCAUGUAGGCGAACCGCUGUCCCAACGCUGGUGUGUUGUUGGGGGAAAUGCAUUAAAGAGACUAAAGAGACUUUAACUCCCGUCUGUCGUCCACCUCGUCCAGUUAAAGUGAAAUGUAAAUGUUCUAUUGUUGUAAUUCCCCAAGUAUCCCAAAUUGACUGUCCCCACCAUAUUUGAUGUUUGCAUAUUUUAUAUACCUUUUGGGACGACAAAGACUUUUU